AAAAUAAUUUAAAAAGCGAGCAGCUCAAAAACGUAACGAAAGAAAAACCCAAGUGCCGUGAAAAAACCAAAGCCUAAGCCUACGAGAAACUGAAGCCGGAAAAUCCUAGGAUAUAUAGUGGCUAUAAAUAGUGGAAUCAAAAUUAAAAGCCGACGGGAGACAGCAACUAGUUGUCAGGCCAGCAAGCAACUUGACUAGCGAAGGGUCGACGACAGAGGCCAACAAGGUUCAAGCUUCAGCUCCCAGCUACGACUCCAACUCCAACUUCAACUCCAACUCCAGGCCAGGCCAGGCUAGGCCCAGGGAAAGCCCGCCCCCAGCUACUCCCCGGGAGCAGAAGUAGACAAUUGAUUAUUGAUUUUGUCUAAGGGCAGCCCAAAGAACUUCACAGCUUAACGCAAAACAAACUUGGCAAAGGGGCCGCAAGCAGGGAAAAAAACACGUUGACGUCGUCGAAAGGGGGGCCGGAAAAACAAGAGUCGGAAAACUCCGGAGUUGGCCGUCAGUGUUGUGCAAUGCCAGGCUUAGGCCGGCCCAGUGUUGGUCAGUGGCGUGGCGCCUGAAGACCCACAAGAGCGCUGUGUACUUCAGAGUAGCAACAACAACUAUCCAGUCUCGAGAGGCGGGACAAGCCCUCACCAGCCACAGCAACCCACCACCCACCACCACCUACCGCCUACCAAACCAUACCAUACCAUACCAUACCCUCUACCCCCACUCGAUCCCCUGAGCCGCCAAGAUAAGCCGUCUAGUCGAGAAGCUGCGCCAGACCAACAAACGCAGGAUGUUCAGCUCGCUGGCCCAGACGCUCCUCUGCGUCCUGCUCGUCCAGAGCGGCCUCUAUGCCCUCCACCUGAGCGGCAAUGGCAAUGGUGGCAGCAGCGGCGACAAGUCUCUGGCCGAGGCGGCCAAGGGCCUCCAGUCGUCCUCACCCAGCCAGCCCAUUGGACCCUCGCCGGGCUCUAGUGGUGCCUGGCAGACGGCGCCAUCGCAGCAGCAGCAGCACCAGCAACAUCCGGGCGGAUCUCCGCCGGGCGGUGGAUCCUUGCGUGGCCCUGCCCACCGAUCCGCCGCUGCGGCCGCCUUCGAUGCCACCACCGUGCGGCUGAACAAGGAGAUCGCCGACAUGGCCCAGCUGGAGCGUGAGCGACUGAUGAUACUGGCCCGCGAAAAGCAGACGGCGGAGGGUCAGGGCAAUCAUCGCGGUCAUCCCUUCAUCACUGGCCGCAUCCAGAUGCAGCCCAGCGAGGAGCUGGACGUGGGCGAUUAUCCGGCCCUGCUGCAGCAGGCUGCCCGCGGCUACAUCUUUGGCAAUGUCCAGAAGCAGCCGCCCAGUCCGCUCAAUCUGGAGGAGGACUACGAGCAGCUAAGGGAGAUGGAGCACAGGCCGGUGAAGUACUACGGCCGGGUGGUGCAGCCAGCGGAGCGGGAGGAGGAGCAGCAGCAGCCGGAGGGUCUCUACGAGCCGUUGCACUCCUUCGGCGACUUCGAUGACUUCUCGGAGUUGGAACAGGAGCCGGAUCCACCGCAUCUGGGCGAGGAUGAGCUGUUGCGCGAACUGGAUGCGUAUCAGUAUCAUGGCCUGGAGGAGGAUCCCCUGCCCGAGAAUCCCUAUCGCACGCUGGAGCAGCUCGAGCUGGCUGCCCCCGACUCCCUGCAGCAGCUCUUCGAGCAGGAGCAGGAGCAGCGGGAUGCUCCCAUGAAGGUGAUGCACGCGGGCAAGACCCACACUAAUCCGGGAGGCUACAACAUAAGGACCCAGCAGAAGUGGGCUAGAAAGAGGAAUGGCCAGGGACUGGUCAGUCAUAGUUCUGGGGCUGAGAAGCAGCUCCAGCGCCAGAUCUUUGCCCAGCACUUCAAGCCGCAGCGCAGCAAUGGUGGCAAGCUAUCGCUCUCAGCCAACUCAGAGGCCACGGCCAGCAAGCACCUGAAGCCCUCAAGUCGCUCUGGCGCCAAGGAUACCGAGAAGCCCAACAAUGAGCUGGGAGGCAGUGCUUCCUCCUCUGGUGCCGUCGAGGGAAAACCAAAACAGGCACAGCCAGCGGAACAGCAGUCGCAGGACAAGAAGGAUCCUAGCCACAAGAGAUCCGGCGGCGGAACAGUGGGCUCGCCGGGUGGCGGCUACUCGGCGCAGCCACCCAUGUCCCACAGCAUAGCCAGCCAGCUGAUGCUGCGCACCGCCCGCGGUCAACGGCAGUACGAUGUGCCACAAAUCGAAUGCCCCACCGCCAUGGAUGGCAUGGAGCGGUUCGCCUGCCCAAUACCCGACCGGCAGGGCAGAUAUCGCUGCAUAGACGAUCAUGUCCUGUGCGACGGCUUCAUUGACUGUCCCGAUGGCGAGGACGAGGACCGGAGAUCCUGCAUGUUCUACAAGACGACGAAGGCUCACUUGGAUGUGUUAGCGGAUGCGUUACUGCGCUGGGCGCGAGGGCGUUAAGCUCCACUCCACCCACCAAACACACACACACACACCCUCUCAGACACACACCCACACACAACACACUUUAAAGUUUAAACAUUAAUGACAAAAGAUUAGUUUUAACGUGUCCUUCCCUUCCCCAAGCAAAAAAAAAAGUCUAUUAAGUUUAAACAUUACUCGAAACGCACGACACACACACACACACACAGACUCCCGCCUGUCCUUUGACGAGAGAGAAAAUCCAGAGGAAAAGUCCCAAGAAAAUACAAGCCAUAAGAAAACAAAAAAAUAAAAUACAGCAGCUUGCAAAAAAACAAAAACAAAAGACAAAGCUAAAAGGAUUGCCAAGUAAGAGAACAGAAUGCUAUGAUUAAAAAUAACAAAAUGAGGCAGCGGUUAUGCUUAAAGGAAAGGUAUGAUUAUUAUUACACUAUUAUUAUUAAAAAAAUUUACUUAAUGAAAGCCCAAGAACAAAAAGCAGUUAUACAUACUAAAGCUAAAUUAUAAUUCCAUAAAACAAAAAAGAAAAAAACAAACUAAAAAUGGUAAAAAACAAGACAAAAGCUGUUCUUUUUUCAUUUCGGAAUUCGUUUCGCCAGGAAAACAAAAUUGGGCCUAACUAUUUUUAGUAUACAUUAAAUACAAAUAUAUUAUAAAUAUAUCUUACUAUAUGAAAUAUAUAUUUCGUGUACAUUAUUU